AUGCAUCUGUCACCCUUCUUUCAGCUCAUUGUUGCCGCCUUGAUCACUCCUGGCAUGGCACUUCCAACUGAGGUUAAAGAAACUGGCCAAGCAGCACCCAGCCAUGCGCCCCCGACUGCGAUGGCAGACUCCAUUUCGGCAAAGGAGUUUGACGGGACUAUGACGACCGUAUCAACAUCAACAAGGUGUAUCCACGCGAGUUUGAGACCCCUUUGCCCUGCACUCUGCGGCAUUACCUCGAUUGCCGGGGAUGAUGUCUACUGGGAAUGCUCAUCAGACAAGGCCAAGGAUUCAGAUGACACUCUCGGCACCAACUCGACCAUAUCAUCAAGUCGCCAGAACAUUUGCCAUAAAUAG